AUGCCUUCACCAUCCUCUUGCCUUAUAUGCAGGAUCUGGCUGGCAGAGUAUGCUGAGACUUUACUCCUCCAGUCCUCGCACAGCCCUGUGUAUGUCUACAGCCGGCCCGAGCUCCCCCACUGGACCGCCACACGCCUCAUCCUCCGCCAGCUGGAAGACGACAUGCUGGGCGUGAGCAGCGACAUGGAGAGGAGAAUGCAGCGCCUCCACCAGGCUUACCGCCUCCUGGACAAUGACCCGGACAUGAGGGGGAGCGGACACCCCGACACCCCCCAAGACAAAUCCCCCGCCGAGGGCAAAGACGGGAAGGAGGACUUUCAGCUCUCCCUGGACGUGAGUCCGUUUUCUCCGGAAGAACUGACAGUGAGGACGGAAGGAAGGAGACUGAUCGUGGCGGGAAAAUACGACAAGAAAAGGGAGGCGGAGAACGGCGGCUUCUUCCAGGAAUACAGAGAGUGGCGCAGAGAAGCCGAGCUCCCGCAAGACAUCAAUCCCGAGGAUGUGCUGUGCUCCAUGUCCAAGGACGGGCGACUCCACUUCUGGGCACCUCGCCUGGCACUGCCCGCUGCCAAAGAGAGAGCCAUCCCCAUCACCAUAGAGCAGAGCCCAGGAGACAGUCAGGGGUCCGACCCGGAGAACCAGAACCAUCGGGGACAGCAGGAGCAAGACCUCCCCCAGAACUCCUCCUGAUGACACGGCCGCACUCA